UACUGGAAAUGUUCUUCCCAUAUAUAUGAACAUGCAAUUUGAGCCAGUUGUCUGUCUCUGUCAUAAAAAAGCUGAAGCGGAUAGAGUUGAGUUUAGUGCCGUGCUGUGUGGUGUUGUGUGUGUCUUUAAUCUUAUAGAGAAAAAAUGGUAUCGUUGUUGUCAAACUCAGCAAUGGUAAGAGGCAGAGAUGAAGUGUACGUGGCAGCAAUGCCUCUAAGGGCUACAAAGGGACCACCCCAGUUGCUUAUGUCUGCUGCUUACUCCCUCAAUUUAUGGGAUUUCCAGCAUUUCAUGGUCAUCAUCAAACCCUCUUCUCUUUCUCAGGUUCUGGUUUUUGAUUUUCAACCAAAAGAUCCUGAAGAUAUAUAUGUGGCACUAGCGGCUCUAUAUGGUAGAGCAGUGCCAGGAACUGUUCUGGUGAGGCAGUUAAAAAAGUUGCCAAGAAACAAAUGCUGGCUUGUUGGAUAUUCAAAGGCAGAGGCGGAUGCUAUGGAAAUAGCAAGGGAAUUCAACAAAGAAUGGGAAACAAAUUUGAGGAUUGGCCUUCAUGAUUGUCGCGAUUAUACCAAUAGUUUGGUUAGGCAACUCACUGGCGAAAAAGAUGUGCUGAAACGUUUGAGAAACGUUGGUAGUUAGAGGGAAUCCGUUGUCUGGUUAGAAGAUCACUUUAUUGAAUUACUUUAUCUUGUAUCAUGCCUUCAACAUUUUUUAGCACAUUCAUCGCUUCACUUGGAUGGGAACUGGCUAAACAUCGCUUUCAUGGGGGCUCUGAAGAAAUCAAUCUCAUACGAGAAAAAACUUAUGCUAUUUACUUUACCCUUCUGUAACGUUCUUUUCUUUGCUUGUACAGUCUCUGAAUGUCUAUUUGUUCUUGUAUUAUACUAGUAUUACGCGGCUAUAAAUGAAUAGCUGAUUAAGAAAAAGUUUGAGACCUCUUUGUGUAAAUAUUAAUAAUCGGCAAAACAAUGUGCUGAUCAUAUCUGGAAUCAUGUUAAAUUCUAUAGGGAGUUUUCUUAUGUAAAAUAAUUUAUGACUCAUGCUCUUUUUAGCA